GGAUGCUGAGUGGUGUGGGUGGGUGUGGUGGUGCUCUUGAGGGAGUCCGGUUUAUUUGAUCCCUCGUGGUAUAAAUGGACCGCCGGAGCUCUCCCUAGAGACUUUUUGGUGUGCAGUGGGAAGGAAAAGUACGUGGCACGAUGCGGGAGUUCAAGGUCGUCGUUUUGGGCUCCGGCGGUGUCGGGAAGAGUGCCCUAACCGUCCAGUUUGUUUCCGGACAUUUCAUGGAGAAGUAUGAUCCUACAAUUGAAGAUUUCUACAGAAAGGAAAUAGAGGUUGAUGGCUCUCCAUGUGUUCUUGAAAUCUUGGACACGGCUGGCACCGAACAGUUUGCCAGCAUGCGUGACUUGUACAUUAAAAAUGGUCAGGGCUUCCUUGUUGUCUACAGCCUCACGAACCACCAGACCUUUCAAGAUAUCAAGAACAUGAAGGAACAGAUAUCGAGAGUCAAAGGAACAGACAGAGUGCCUAUCAUGCUUGUUGGAAACAAGAUAGACCUGGAGCACCAGCGUGAGGUGUCAACAGUGGAAGGAAUGGCCCUCGCUCAGAUGUGGAGUGGUCCGUUUCUAGAGACUAGUGCCAAAAGUAAAACCAAUGUAAAUCAAGUCUUCACGGAGAUAGUGAGAGAAAUGAAUGACAGCCCAGAAAUUGAAAGUGGGACCAACUGUUGCUGCACCAUCUUGUAGCACUGCGGAACCAGCAUGUCCAUGGGCCCAGGGACUUCGCAAAUCAUGGUGAGUUGCCUAAUUGUUCACAUUGCUGUUCAAAAUGCAGGAGUGGAUUCAGAGUGUGUUUGGGGUGGGUAACCCUCGCUUGGUAUGGUCAAAAUCAAAUAGGUGUCCAGUGUUGUUCUAAAAGAUGGUCACAUUCUGCUUCCUCUUAUUUCAGUGAUUAUCAUUGUAUAACUAUUAAGACUUUCUUGCAGGUCCACAAAUGUAUUUUUCUGCUAAACUUGGACUGUUGGGGAAGGAUGCCACAGCUACUCUACCUUGAUCUACCCUUGUCAGAAUGGAUGUAGUGUAUCAUGGUUAGCUUAUUUGAUUAUUAAAAUUAUUGGAGCAAAGAAGAUCACUGACUGACGUCAGGCAGACUGAAUGGUUCUGACCUGAAAUGAAAAGUUCUGUAACAUUCUGAGCUGUUCCAAAUCAAAUACAUUUUUAUUGUACUAGGUUUUAACAUGUGGUCACAUUUCCAUCAGCAAAUUCAGCAUUCCCUACCAGUGCUCUCUGGCUUUAAUGCUCAU